AUGAGCACUGGCCCUACUAUUGUCUACGAGUGGUUAAAAACCCUCCACCUUGGACAGUACGUCGAGUCGUUUGUUGACAAUGGAUACGAUGACUUAGAAGUUUGCAAACAAAUAGGAGACCCUGAUUUGGACGCAAUAGGUGUGCUCACACCACACCACAGGCAGAGAGUGCUUAAAGCGGUAGCGAGACUCAAAGACGAAGACAAGAAGAUAGCACCAGGGCUGUACUUUACCUUAGAGCCUCUGCCAACUGCCCCAGACAUCCACAGCACACAAGCGAGUGACGCCAGAAACAAAGGUUCGAAGUCGUGGAUCAAUUCUACCUGGGAAUGUACUGGAAUGAGUCCAGGACUCGUACCAGCACUUAACAAUCCAUUGUCUGGCAACUGCAAGGAGACAGUGACUUAUCCCAAACUCAAACUUAAGAUCUUGAUAAGGGAUAAACUUGUUAAAGAUGGAAUCGACCUGAGUAAACCACCCUACUCCUCUAAGGAUGGCUCUCUGGGCAACAUUGAAGACUUGGUCCAGGAGUAUUCUGAGUACUACAGCACCUCUUCCACUGACGUGCGAGACAGAAUGGAGGAGCUACGUAAACGCAAAGUGGCUCAAGAAGCAGAAACGGAAAAACCUGAAGCAGCAUCCACAUCUUUGCAGCUACGAUCAGAAAUCCAGGAAUCUCUAGGACUCAGUAGUGCAAUGUCUACGCCUGAGGUAGAGAGAAGACUGUCAAUGCACAAGUCAAGCUCUGAAGAUGGCUCUGGAGGAAGAUGGGACAGUAGGAAGAAAAACAAAUCCUUCUGGCAAAAUUUUCGAAAGGCACAAAAAAGUAGCAUGCGGCAGGCAUCUAAAGGGGAUGACCUGGGCUUUGUGGCCAGUGAGAUCACAAUGAGUGAUGAAGAACGGAUCCAGCUGAUGAUGAUGGUGAAGGAGAGGAUGAUAACUGUGGAGGAGGCUGUGGCCCGGCUGAAAGAGUAUGAGUCCCAGAGUCGACAAUCCUGCAGCCCUGAGAUUGCUGAGUGGAAGGAUACUUCAUGUCCCACUUUGAACGAGUCCUCCAACUGUGACUCCCGGGAGCAGUCAGACGACGAACAAGAGGAAUCUGUGACCUUCCGGAGGCUUCAUAAGCUGGUGAACUCCACCAGGCGAAUGAGGAAGAAACUCAUCAGGAUUGAUGAGGGCAAAAAGCCUGGAUCAAAAGACUCGCCCUCAGUGAGCACAGAAGUUUCACCAACGUGCGAGGACAGGGCACCUCUGUACUCAGGGGUGCAGAAGCGACUCGCCGUCUCCCAGGGCGACGGCUUGGCCUCGGUCUUGCAGGAGCAGCUGUCCCUGGACGGAGACUCUGACAGCUUGAACACUUCACCUUCAUCCAGUAGUCUGGACACCUACAGCAGCCACAAGCUUCUCAAAGCCUUCGGCAAGUCCAGCAGCAGCAGCCAGGGUUUGGGUCACCAGCCCGCGGGCCUGUGUGGAGCUGUCUCGGGGCUGGAUGCUGGCAGUGGAUCAUCCUUCUCUGAGGCAGAGGGCUGCUGUGAAGAGGAGCCCAGGAUGUCCCGUUCGGUGACCGACGGGGAAAUGCGCAGGGCCCUGAGUCCUCCCACCUACCAUGGGAGGACCUGUAGCUUUGGAGGAUUUGAUCUCUCUAACCGAUCUGUGUAUAUGGAAAACAAUGGCAGUGAAGCCACUAGUGAAAAUGGAGAGAGCGGUUUGAGAGAGGCAGCGAGGUCACCUACGACAUCACGCGUCUCUUUGGGAAAGAAAGUGAAGUCUGUAAAAGACAGCAUGAGGAAACACAUAACAAAGAAGUACAACAACUCUCUGCUUGACCAGUCAAGCCCCAGUAGUAUGCCUGGCUCCCCCCAGCCCCUGCGGGCAGACAUGGAUUCUCUGGAGAAACCCAAACUCAAAGCUGGAGGAUCCGUAGAGAGUCUGAGGAGUUCCCUCAGUGGACAGAGCUCCAUGAGUGGUCAGACAGUAAGCACCACAGACUCCUCCACCAGUAACAGAGAGAGUGUGAAAUCAGAGGAUGGGGAAGAUGAUGAGCUUCCUUAUGGAGGGCCGUUCUGUGGACGAGCUCUGGUUCACACAGAUUUUAUCCCCAGCCCAUAUGACACCGACUCCCUCAAACUCAAGAGAGGGGAUGUGAUUGAAAUCAUCAGCAAACCCCCAAUGGGCACAUGGAUGGGCAUGUUGAAUAAUAAAGUUGGCACAUUUAAGUUUAUCUACGUGGACGUGUUAAGUGAGGAAGAGGAGAAACCGAAGCGCAGCAGCCGAAGGAAGAGGAAGAAUCGACCUCCAAAGCCCACAUCUGUGGAGGAGCUUCUGGAACGGAUCAACCUCAAAGAGUACAUGCCUACGUUCCUGUUUAAUGGCUAUGAGGAUCUGGACACCUUUAAACUGCUGGAGAAAGAGGACCUGGAUGAACUGAACAUUACUGACCCUCAGCAUAGAGCAGUGCUGCUGACCGCCGUGGAACUACUGCAAGAGUAUGACAGUAACAGUGAUCCUGACCACAAUGGCUCAUCAGGGGAUUCCCAGGAGAAGCUACUGUCCGGGGGCCACGGGCCCCCGGGGGACUCUCCCCGUGACUCAGGCUGUUACGAGAGCAGCGAAAACCUGGAGAAUGGGAGAGGCAAAAAGGGGUCUCAUUUAAGCAGGUCCUCAUCAGGUUUUGAGUCCAGUCACCUCCCGUCCCCUGAGUAUCCCACUCCUCCCCCGAACCACUCCAGUAGGUCUACCCUUCAGACGAGUCAAGAUUCACCAUCCCCCCUCUUCCCUUUCCAGUUAAAAGAUUCCAUUAAAAGUCUCAAACAUCGUAGCCACAGCUGUGAUGUUCUGGAUAGCAUACCUGCGCCCACAGGACAACGGAAACGUUGGCAUUCAUUAGGGGACCUCCUUCAAAUGCCAGACCUUCACCAGAGAGAGUCAUGUAUUGCUGAGAUCUUUACAUCUACUCACUUAAUGGCGUCCUCAGAUGUAGAGGAAAAGAACACCUCUGCAGAUCAGCCUGAACCACCAACUGAGACUCAAGAUGAAAGCCCAGGAGAACCCCAUUCUACUAUAUUAUCUGAGAAAGAGCCAUUGGCUCUUGACACAGUCUGCAAAUCCUCUGAUCCUUCCUCCAGUCUUGUAUCUGAUGUAGUAAAAGUUGGUCCAAGCAAGGGAGUACCCUCAAACAGUGUUGGAGUAACAUCUAGAGAUCCUCAACCGUUCACGCAGUACAAAAAACCACCACUUCCCCCUAAACCUUUAGCGCUGUUAUCAGUUCUGAGUAACAAGCCCAGCAAUGCUGUUUCAAAUAAUUCACUACCAGAUAGGUCAGUGAUUAUCCCUGAUAUCUCUGGUUCUACCAAACCAGCCAUCUACCGGGUGGGAAAGAAAGGUCAGCAUGCCAAAACACCUAACCUGGAAUCACUGGUGGAGGAGAAACUGAGGUCUGAUGGUAUAGACCUUACAGAAGAACCUUACUCUGACAAGCACGGUCGCUAUGGGGUGCCUCUUUCUCUAGUCCAGAGGUUCUCUGAAGACCUUGGCAGGCCUCUGAGUGACAUUGCCACUGCCAUGGACCAAACCAGAAUCCAGCAGCUUCACAAACAGCACCGCACAGCAAUUCCUUUGAGAGGUUUGUCAGAGAUUUGUACAAAGCUGUAGGCCCUUGAACACAUUUGGACCAGAUAGUUUUUCUGGGUCUCCGUCUCUGA